AUCGCGAAGCCGAAGCGAGCAGAGAAAGACGCGCGCGCUCGAGGAGGAGCGAACUGCGGAAGCUUCGGGGAGUGCGCGAGCGUUUACAGGCAGCGACCCUGCUUGCGUGGGAAGCAGGGGAGGCAGAAGCGGGGCAGCAAUCUCGACGCGUGGCCUGAUGGGGGAGCCGGGCAUCAGAGCGCUUCCCUGACUGCAAACAAGAACAGCCCCAAGGUGACGCCUGCUGCCGCGACGAGUUCCAGCGCAGGCGGUAGAAUUUCUGUGGAUGACCCUGUCAAAGAUCGCGCAGCGCCUCCAGGCCUGUUUCGCGGUCCGCCGGGGACGGCGCCGCGCUGCGAAUGGCGCAGCGGUGCAACAGGGGCCGCGCCUCUGUCUUCUUUUUUUAUGGCCUGGGCGUGCUCGCGCCCGCUUCUUCCCGCUGCGCCAGCGAUCUGCCCCGAAUGCCCAGCAAGCGGCUUCCCAUUGGGCGCGCCCUUCCGGCCCCAGUCGACCCCCAAUAUCCGCAGCGCAACUACUCCCGAGACACUCUGCGGCUCGGGGGUAUCCAAGACGCAGCCCGCAGCGGGGGCACUCUCUGCUUUACCGCGCCCCCUCUCCCCCACGCCGUCACCCAGGGGCGAGGGAGAGGUGCGCCGGCUCGCCUCGGUGGCUUUGCUUUCGUUCUUUCGAUCGUCGCCGGGCGGCCAGGGCUUCCCUGGCAGGGACAGCAGCCGGCCCAAAGAAAGAGAGAGGGGCGCGGGCGUGGCCAAAACCAACGGCCGGCGGGGGCCUCGAGAAGGACCUGAAGCGUGGAUCGACCAGCGCGCCGGAGAUAGAUUUCGACAAGGCGAACGCUGGCGCGGUUCUCGUGUAUUGGGCCCAGGCCGUCGAUCCCUGCCUCGCUUUACCGGCCCGCCUCGCUUGGCGACGAGCCGGCGCGCGCGCUUACGAUUCCCGCGCCCCCGGGCGGGGCGCCGGUGUCUUGCGGAGGGGCGCCCGUGAUUGGCCCCCCCCCCGAAUUAGGCCGGCGGGUUGUACGCGCUCCGCGCGCCACGCGGCUGCGAUUUUGGCGAGGCCCCUGCCCCCAGGGAAGUAAGUAGCCCGCCCAGGGAGCAGGGGCUUGGGGGUGCUCGCUUACGAAACAGGGGGCGCGCGCACGAAGGGCCCUGCAGUGGCCCGCGCGCGUCGUUAUUGAUGGAACCGCGGACGCCUCGGGUGAUCGAUGUCGCCGGUUAUGAGUGCCACUGCGUGCAGUUUCCAUCCAUCCGCGCCGUGUUGCCGUCGGGGAAGCUGUAUUUUCGCGCGGCACACGGGAAGCCCGAGCCGGGGCUCGCCGCGAUUGCUUGGUUGCGAAAAGGGCCAAAUCUUGCUCGGAGACGGCACGGCUUACGUUUUCGCAUCCAAAGAAGUUUGGGCGUCCUCCGG